GACUGGUGACCUAAGAUGACCAGAGUAGGUCCCCUGCAGCAGCGUCUUCUAGCAGGGUGCAGUGACCCAGACAUCUGGCGUCCCCUGCCUGCCCCGGUGCCCCUGGUCCCCGCUAGCCUCCUGCGGUGCCCGGAACUGGACCUGUCUCCCCUCAGCCCAGACCCGCCACGACCCAACCCGGCUAGCCUGCUGAGAGGACUCAGCCACCGGCAGGUGCGAUUUGUCUCCGCGGUGCCUGUGGUUGACACGGUGAUAGCAGAGCCUAGCAAAGACCCUCCACCUUGGCAAUGCCCUGGACACUCCAGCAGUUACUCAAAGGGGAAAAGACUCCAUGGUGGAGAACUGCGUUGGAGGGCAAGGUCAGAAACCAAUGAGGAGGCUCCCUGUGAGGAGAGGGGUGGCAGCCUCCCUGAAGGGGCGGAGUUAAAUACUACUCUGGCUCUGACGGCUGAGCUAGAUAACGUGGCAGGGGCAGAGUUUAACUCCCAGAAGGCCGUGCAGGAGCAACUACAGAAGUCAGACAGAACCAAGAACAGCAUCAGCGCCCGGGCUACAGAGGGGGUGAACGUCCCUCCAUCCCAGCACCUCUACAGGGCAUUGGUCAGUGUGAAUGUGGAGGAGGAGGAGCUUAUCAGCCAGGCUCUACGUGACAGGCUUCAGCUGGUCUCGCCCACAUGCAGCCAUGGCAACAAGAAAGAGGACAGUCCUGACCUGCAGGUUUUCUUCAGGGGGGAUCUGCUGAGAGAGAAGCCCCUCCUACCAGGGGAGGAGAUUACCAUACCACGCCCCCAGCCCAUCCCACGCCCCGCAGACACAACCUUCGACCUCUACCACAGACACACAUGCUGGGAGGCUGGACCCUGACACACACACACUUACUCUGAACCUCUAGACUGAAAGGCCCUGUCCCAAAACUUAAGAAGAGCAUUAUCCCUUCUUUCCCUCCCUACCUCUGUCAUUCUCAGAUAUAAAUAUGAUAUUUUAAACUAAUUUAAGAUAUUAAAGGAAUGAACCUGUA